AACCUAACUCCUAUCCCCUCCCACAGACAGAAAAAAGCUGCAAAUGUGGAGCGGCAGAAAUAGUAUCUAUGCCGGAAAUGUUGUAAGCCUCUAAAAGGAAUGACUUCAGAAUGACAUUUUGGAAUCCAGUUUUGUUUGCAUGGAGACUAAGUGACAACUGGAACCUAAGUUUCUUUAAGAAAGUGGUCUCUUGCUCACAGAUCUACAGAACUCACCAGCAUUUGGAAGCUAUUCUUGUCAAAUCAUCCUGUGAGUGGGCAGUCGGGAGUUGGUGCCACUGAACUUUUCGCUUGGGAAAAUGCAUCGAAACAGCGGCUUUGCCAGAACAUGGCUGAGAGUGACCUUUGCCUGUACUCUAAUGGGCUCCAAUGCAUGACUUCAUUACCAUGGUGAUGAUCUUAACCAAAACUCUGGAAAACAAAGGUGCUGAAUCUGUAACAUGCAGGACUGAGCUGCACACCCCAAAGAUGAGUCAAGGACCUACUCUCUUCUCUUGUGGAAUUAUGGAAAAUGACAGAUGGAGAGAUCUCAGCAGGAAAUGUCCACUGCAGAUUGAGCAACCUAGCAGCAACAUCUGGGACUGCCUGCCUGAUAAAAAUGAAGAAGGCUCUAUAUGGCAAAGAGAUACAGUUAACACAUGUUCAGUGACCAACUUGAUUAAAGACCUCAGUCUUAGUGACCACAAUGGUAACCCCUCAGCACCUCCCAGCAAACGCCAAUGCAGGUCACUUUCUUUUUCUGAUGAAAUGUCAAGCUGCAGGACAUCCUGGAGGCCUUUAGGGUCAAAGGUCUGGACUCCAGUAGAAAAGAGACGGUGUUAUAGUGGGGGAAGUGUCCAACGCUACUCCAAUGGCUUCAGCACAAUGCAGAGGAGUUCUAGUUUUAGCCUACCUUCAAGGUCAAACAUACUAUUCUCAUCAUAUGACCAGUCUGGAUUUAGCAGUAGAUAUGGGUGUCAGCCAUGCCAAGGGAUGAGGAAAUCUGCCACCUAUGGACAAGCAGGUGACAUCUGGGGUAAUGACCACAGUUCUGUUGAGAGCAGCAGGGUUGAAAUGCAGCGGUCCCUCUCCUGCUCACAUGAUCAGUUUUCCUCUUCGGAAUAUUGUCCACCCUCAGCAAACAGCACACCUGCCUCAACACCAGAGCUGAUGAGACGCUCCAACGGACUGUCCCGCAGCCGAUCUCAGCCAUGUGUCCUUAAUGACAAAAAGGUUGGAGUUAAACGACGACGGCCUGAGGAGGUUCAGGAACAAAGGCCUUCGCUGGACCUUGCCAAGAUGACCCAGAAUCGUCAAACUUUUAACAGCCUUAGCUGCCUUAGCACCCCGGUGGAUGAUUGCGCUCUGCAGACCCAGUUCUGCCCUAGUGUCAAUAGCACCAAGUCAUGGACAACAUCUCCUUCCUCCUCGGAUGUCAUGCCGGGCAGGACACCAGCCUGCACGCCUGUGCCGGAGCCUCACUCGAAUGCAGAAGAAUGUAGAGUUAGCAAAGAAGACCUCUCUUGUGAGGAGUCAGACUAUUGCGCCACGGAAGAGGAGAGCAGUAGGAAAGAAGAGGAACGGGCUUCUUGGAGGAGCAGCGGGACAGGAGGGGAGAAUGUCUUUCAGCUAGACGGCGAAUUAGACAUUGAGCAGAUAGAAAACAACUGAGGGAGUGUUGUUUUGUGUCAGGGUUUUGGGAUGUGAAUUUACAACAGAGAGCAGUAAAAUCUCCCAGGUUUAAUACUUGGUUUAUACUGUACUUAGGCAUAAAAAUAAAUCAAAGUUGUCCUCCUAUCAGCAAUCAGGAGACAAAAGCAGCCUUGCCAAAAUUUCAUCAGGUAUUGAGAGCAAUGUUUUGUAAACCUUGAAAUCCUAUGUAACUACUGUAGCCAGAUAUCAGCCAGUUUGAGAACAUUGCCUGCGUGGCUUUGGAAACAAGCGUUCUGAAUCUCCAAACUGCAUUUAUUUUUUUGGCCUCUGUCAUUAAGUAAACAGCUUUUCAUAAAUUUGAAAUUGCAGCUUGUGGAGAAACUGCAAUUUUUCAGUGAAUGUGUGUGUUUAUUUAGAUUUUUUUUUUUUUUAAAGAGAAGACUGGAAAAAAAAGUACUGGUUUUGAUUCACAGACUAGGUACUGUCUAGUUCAGGGAGCUAUGCUGAGGGGACAUGUGGUAGGCUUCGUCAGCCAUAGUUUUCUAGGACAGCAAGGUGUCAAGAAUGUUUCAUGUUCGCUCAUUCAUACAGUUCUUCUCGCUCCAGACUGCACCUUACCCAUGGCAGAGGGGAGCUGUAGGGGGACAUGUUGUUCUAGCAGUGAUGGUUCAAGGAAUACGUGGGAAGCAAGAUUUGGUUGAUAAUACUGGAACAAUUGUUCUAACUGGGUGCAUCUACACAUUCAUUAAUGCACCUUAGUUAUUGCGCAUUAGACAAGUACUAAAUCAAUGCUCAGUAACUUGUGCUAUUGCGCAGUAGCACUGGCAUAUGGGUUUUUAGUGACACUGUGCCUAAUACUACUGUGCAGUAGUGUAUUAGCAUGGUUUUUGCCCAGCACGCUACUGCGCACUGUUAUUAGGCUACUGUACAGUUAGCAUCUUGUGUAGACGUGCCCACGGAGAUCUAGCUUAGUCUGUUUCUGCUUCUUUCCCAGACCGAAGGAGGGGCAUUUUCUGCUUAAAAGGCUUGUCUAAUCUCUCCCAACCAACAAAGUUGGUCCAAUAAAAGAUAUCACCAAACAAAUCUUGUUUCUCUUGUCAGAGAAAGGGUGAUGAAUGUAAACAUUCGUCCUUGAGAUAACUGUUCAAUCAGAUCUGCGUUUGGAAUCUGAUGGCCAAAAUCCUGAGGCCCUUACUUUGGCAACCCACCCCCCAUUUUUGCAUACUCACAGGCCCUUCAUAUACUGUAUUGCCUGAGAACCCCUUUUUUAGUUCUGCAGUCAUUAUCAGAGCCCCGAGAGGGAAACCAGACGUGCAAUAAUUGUUGUUUAGUCACAAUCACAAUGAGGCUUUUUAUUUUCAGUUUCCUCCAGUAUAAAAUCACAGCCCCUGGGGACAGAUCAUCAGAUGUAAAUCACCCUUGAGAUCAAUAGAAAUAUGCCUGUUUACACCAGCUGAGGAUUUGGUCCUUUCUUCAGUGUUUGGGAACUUCAGACCAGUGUUAGAGCUAUCCUGGGCAUUAGCUUAGGAGCAAAUGCUGCUGUUUCCAAAGGACAUUGCUACUCAACUUAACUUUAAUGUUCUUUCUUUCGAGUCCCUCUUUCAGACUCACUGGACAAACAGUUCUGCUUUCUGUUGGGCUUGUGAACUAAGGCUUUCAGAAGAGAAGGCUCAGUGUUUGCCAGGUAACCUGAGUUGUAAUGGUGACUGCAUUCUGAUCUCACUCCCUGGGAUAAAUUUUAGUAACUCCAUUGUAGUCAAUAUAAUUAAGUCAGUAGAAAACUGUUAUAAGGGAAAUCAGAGCCUGAGGUGUGGAGUAAAAUCCCAACAGGCUCAAAUUCUCUUGUUUUUUCCUUGUUACGUGCGAUGGGGUUACAUUUAUUAAAGCUAUUAUGCUUGUUGGGCAUGUCAUGCAGAUACUCAGGGCAAUAUCCUGGUCCCACACGGAGAACCCCCAGUGACACAAACGGGGAAGGGGUUUCACCUUUCGUUUUGUUUCAGCCUUAGAGUACUUAAUUACAGUCGGGAGAGUCCAGCUGUGUCGCUGUCUUCCUUUUGGACAGCAAUUUUUAUGUGAAAGCCUGUUAAAGAUUUCAUGCAUCACUGCCCCUCUGUUUACUGCUCUGCUUCUAGAUAGAUCUUUUCCUGCUUUUCUUCCACUACUACUUCUGCGUGGUGAUUUUUCAUAACUGGUCACAGGUCCUGUUUGUGGCAACACAAAUAGGAAUUAGAGGAUUCUCGAGGCUUAUUUAAAUAUAUACAUAUAUUUACAUUAGCCUGAAAUAAGUGACUGUGGUCUGACCUGCAGAACCCCUCCAGCACAAAGUAUCUGAUGCAGCAUUUGCUCUGUCACACCUGAGAGACAGCUUGAUCUUGAUCAGCGGGUGCUUGCAGGUUUCCAGAGACUGCUGUCUAGGCUUGCUGUUGAUGGUGGUCCCUGUUGUUAAGGUGCAUGCAGUAGGUGGGGUGGGAACUUGCCUUAAGGUCACUUAAGAUUAGUUUUUAAGCUGUGAUUUGCCAAACCUCACCCAGAGAGAUGCAAAAUAUUCAGAGGUGACUUCUCCCUUGUUCUGCUCAGAAUGGCAGGUUUCCUGUGCUUGCUUUUGGCUUGUCUUACUGUGAAGUGAUUUGCUAGAAAAUGCAGUAUGAUUACUUGAUGAAUUAAGCUGUCAAGAAGCUGAAAAUUCAGGUAGCAGCACUGAAAGCUUUUCCUCUUCUUGCAAAGAUAAAGUAGUGAACAUAAUGUUUGUACAAUACACAUUUACCUUGAAAAAAUAAGCUGUUCACUUGCUAAGAGGUCUACAAGGACACGAUUUUUUUUUACCUAUAGAAGAACUAUAUGCUAUAGAUCGAUUUUUUUUUUAACCACAUCUUAUGUUACAGCACUUUUUUCUGCAGUGGUUCAAGAUGCGUAGCAUCUAGUAUCACGGUGGAACCCAUUCAGUUGUAUAGCUUUAUAAGCAUCCAGUCAAAUUGCACAGAGUGGUUUUUGUUUGUAACAGUGUUAAUUUGAGCUGUCUCUCCAGAUUGGAUGCUGGUGUAGAUUGGAAGCCAAACAAAUAAUUUGGGGGAUGAGGUUAUUUUGAUUUUUAAUGUCUCAGAAUCAUACAGCUCCAUGAAAACGGGAUUUUUGUACAGUGCAUUGAAUAAGCAAAUGCCUAAAUCUAUUAGGCACAUCAGUUUUAAGUGAAUAUCAAAAGUUUGCAUGCCUGAGUUAUGAGCAUGUAAAGGUAACCAUCGUGUACCCACUGAGUCAUGCAUUCAAGGAAGUGGCUACCUUGACAUGUGCAUAAUACCAGCCUGGGUGAGUGCACUUUUGACUGCACACUUUGAAAAAGGCAGACUAUGGUGAUGGCCUCACCAGCUUUAUAUAUAUAUCUCAGAAAGGUGGAAACAGCUGAUACACAUUUCAUUUGGAGAUAAUUAAGUUUGGCCUCUGAUAGCAGAAGAUUGCUUAGUAAGGAUUAGUCUUAGUCCAGGAUUCACUGUAUGUGAGACUGUUUCGUUGAUGUUUUGGUGUCUGUUUUACCUAUGUUCCAAGGAAUGUUACAGCCACGUUAUAUCAUUUAGCUUCAGUGAUCAUUUUGAGUCUUCCUAUUCAAGUGAGAUAUCUGAUAUUUUUCCCCAUGAAGGAUACUUCCUAAACUCUCUUGGCUGCAGAGCUCUAAGUCAUUCACUUUGCAUCAACUACCCACGUUGAAGUAACAGAACAGUUAUAAACACUCCCUAUUCCUUUGCUGUCAAAUUGGUUUUUGGACUGACAACACAGCCCAACUUCUACAGAGUCCAGUCUGUUCCUAUUCCCUCUCUGUCAAGUGGUGAGCCUACACUCAGUACCAAGAGGAUGCAGCCCCCUUUUUCUGAUCUCCCAAGCUCCACAGAGGUGCAUAUUCCUAAUCCUGACAGUUCAUGGACACGGUGACUUACGGGUGUACAUCGGACCACCACCCCGACACACCUAGAAUCUGUAACUCUCCAACGCUUGCCAUACCAGCUUGUGAAAACUUGGACUUUUUUUAUUUUAGAGCUAUAGAUGCACUCUAGCAUAUACAUAUCUUGGACUUUUAAUUCAUAAGGGCUUUUAUUUUUUUAAAGGGCUGCUACCUAUGACAUGCUAAAACACAUACAGUAGGAAAGUGACCAAAUGGACCACUACCCAACUGUACUCGACCUAGCAGUAGCAUACAGUUUACAUUGCAGUACAACCUGUUUGCCUUAUUAAAGAUGCUUUUACAAUGAGCAAUGGCCUUAUACUGGGCACAUUAGCAUAGACACAACACACAGUUAGCUACCAUUUAGGCCACGGCGGUAUUUCGUUGGGGUUUUGCUGUUGCUAUUGUUGGUUUUUUAUGAUUUACAUACUGAUUUUCAGUUUAAUAAGGCCUUACUUCUUAUUUUUUUCUCCAUAGAGGUAAAAAACAUUUGUGGAUUUAUAAAAAUAUAUAUAUAUAUAUAUAUAUAUACACACACACACACACAUAUAUAUAUAUUAAAAAUAAUUAAAAAAUCUGAAAUAUAUAGUAUGUGCCUCAAAUUCAGGGGACAUCCUGUUGAUUGUAAAAUCAGAAGUUGUAUUGCUCUUCAGAAAGUGAAGGAAGCUCAGCAACAUCACUUAUUGGAAACAUGCAACUACACCAGCUAAAAAGCAAUGGAUCCUACAGUGAGAUUUCUAGGACUUCAUCAAUCCAACAUAGACACUUUGAAUAAUACAUGCAACAAAUUCCUGCCAUCUGCAAGAAUCUGGUGCUGAAAUGAUCAAUGGACAAAUAAUGGUUUUAUCUACUAGGUAGUCAACAUGGAGACAGGCAUUGUCUUGUUCAGAAUGUGGAUCAAUCUGGACUGUGGACACUUAAUGACUACAACAACAUAUCAACAGCAAUAAAAUGUCAUCAUUAAAAAUUCUUUGAAAACUAUUUUAACAGAAAAUGUCCUUUUUAUUAGCACAGGUAACAUACUCACAGGGAAUUUGCUGUGUAUUUGCAGGUAUAGCUCUUUGAACUUGUUCUAUGAAAGAUUGCAAUACAUCUUCAUAUGGGGAGAAAAAAGACACAAAGGAAGUAUUUGUAGAAUAGAUUGUAAUUUUUCACAUUAUAGUGUAGCCUAUUUGGCUAAUAAAAUUGUGUUUCAAGUGCAUUGUUUAAAGAUCCUGGAUGAACAGGACAACAAACUUACGUAGGAUAUUUUUAGGGUUGUAGCAGUGCUUUACAAAGUUUCUGUUUUUGAUGUUUAAGAAUCAAGAGAAGAUGGCCAAAAAGCCUUCUGAAAACUAUGAACUGUAGUAACAUAGAGUCUUUUGCUCUCCGUGUUAAUUGCACAAAUGCAAAUGUAUUUACAUGUAUACAAAGUUGGAUCUGUAGAAGGUGUAAUCUUUGUUCAAAAUCUCAUGUCACUGAAGGCUGUUCUUUCACCUGACAGUCGAGAAGACUGCUGAUUUGUAUCCGCUCAAUGACUUUAUUGCACUAGAGCAGCUCAGUCUCAGGAAUUUGCUUGUUACUUUUACUAUGUAAAUAAAGCUUCCUGGUUCAAUAA